AUUCCGGAUAAGACCCUCCUUCCAGAAGCAGAAGGAAAACUCUUUAAACCCAGGACCUUUCCCCCCCUCUCUGUUCUGCAACUUGAACAAGCUGCCAUGGCUGCAAUGUCUAUGGACAUAGCGGCUACCUUCAUUGGAUUAGCGAAGCGGCAGGCGAACACGCUUAGGGUUCGGACUACAGUAUUCCCUGUUUCAUGGGGAACUAAACUUCAUCAAUCUCGGAGUUACCGAACAUCUGUAGUCGACUUAAAAAUGAUUUCCACUUUCUCAAAACCGAAGAGACGUAUUCGCAUGUUUACUGCAGCAGCUACCACAACUGAGAGCGGGAACUCGGAUGUUUUAACCAAUAUUCCUCCUGAUGAUCGUAUUCCUGCCACAAUAAUCACGGGGUUCUUAGGGUCUGGAAAGACAACUUUACUAAACCAUAUCUUGACUGCUGAGCACGGAAAGCGCAUUGCAUUGAUUGAGAAUGAGUUUGGUGAAGUGGACAUUGAUGGUUCUCUGGUCGCUGCCAAAACCACUGGGGCUGAGGACAUAAUCAUGCUCAAUAAUGGUUGUCUCUGCUGCACUGUGAGGGGUGAUCUUGUUCGGAUGAUUUUGGAGUUGGUGGAAAAAAAGAGAGGAAAUUUUGACCACAUAGUGAUAGAGACUACUGGAUUAGCAAAUCCAUCACCAAUCAUCCAGACAUUUUAUGCGGAGGAUGAAGUUUUUAAUGCUGUCAAACUGGAUGGUGUUGUAACCCUGGUUGAUGCAAAACAUGCCGGUAUUCACCUUGAUGAGAUUAAGCCCAAGGGUGUAGUCAAUGAGGCAGUUGAACAAAUUGCUUAUGCUGAUCGUAUUAUAGUAAACAAGACUGACCUUGUCACUGAACCAGAAAUUGCUACCCUGAUCCAGCGUAUAAAGAACAUAAAUGGCAUGGCUCAUUUAAAGCGAACUCAAUUUGGCCAAGUUGAUUUGGAUUAUGUUCUUGGGAUUGGAGGCUUUGAUUUGGAGAGGAUUGAGAGUGUAGUUAAUGCGGAGGACUCAAAGGAAGAUCAUGAAGACCAUACAAGUCAUGACCAUGACCACCACCAUCAUCAUGAACAUGACCAUAAACACGAACAUGCUGAUCACCAUCAUCACACUCAUGAUCCUGGGGUUUCUUCUGUCAGCAUAGUUUGUGAAGGGAGUUUGGAUCUUGAGAAGGCCAAUAUGUGGUUGGGUACAUUACUAUUGGAGCGUAGUGAUGAUAUAUAUCGAAUGAAAGGUCUCUUGUCUGUCGAGGGUAUGAAUGAGAGAUUCGUUUUUCAAGGAGUUCAUGACAUAUUCCAAGGUUCUCCAGAUCGAUUGUGGGCCUCAGAUGAACCUAGAAUAAACAAGAUUGUUUUCAUAGGGAAGAACUUGGAUUCACAGGCUUUGGAGAAAGGAUUCAAAGCUUGUUUACUGUGAGAUGGUAAAAGAUAUCAAGGUGACAAUGACUCUUCAAUAUAGUGAGAGGGUAAGGAGAAGUUAGUAUGGAAUGGUGGAGGUUAUUGGAAAGCUUAUCUUUCUCAAUGAAAAGUUAAGCCAUAUCGUUUCCAU